CUUCAGUUAUUGCCUUUUCCUGCAUACUUUGUAUCUAAUAUUUUGGAUUUGUUAUUGCUUUAUUUAGAUCUCUUUAAUGGUAAAUUCUAGAACUAUUUGAUUGGUUGACAGAACAAGUCCUCAGAAUUCAGGAAUAGAAUUUUGGGUCACUAGCAGCUUUAGCAUCUUUCAUGAAUCAUAAGUGCUUUUAAUUUCACACUCAAAUUUUAGCUAUGCCAACAUGUUUGGAUAAAUUAGUAUGUGUAUGUAGUUGGAGGUGUUCUAGAAGUAUUCUGGAGUGUUAUUGUCCUCAACUUUGCUGAUACUUUUUCGAUAUCUUUUCGGCAUAUUUUGGUUAGCAAAAGGUUGGAAAUAUGUUGGAAAAGGUGGAGAAAGCUUUUGACCCUGAAGAAUUUAUCGAAGAAUUUGAGGUUCUCACAAGGGAUGCUGGGAGAGUCCAAAAUGAGACGUUGAAGAAAAUUUUGGAAGAGAAUCGAAGAACAGAGUAUCUACAGAAAUGGGGUCUUGAUGGAAAAUUUGAUCCCAAGAGUUUUGCUGAACUUGUGCCUAUUGUCACACACAAGGAUUUGGAACCAUUCAUCCGGAGGAUCGUGGAUGGCGAUGCUUCUCCAAUUCUCACCGGAAAGCCGAUAAAGACCAUUUCUUUGAGUUCCGGCACCACUCAGGGUAAGCCCAAGUUUGUGCCUUUCAACGAUGAUCUGGUGGAAUCCACUAUGCAGAUAUAUAAGACAUCUUUUGCCUUCAGAAACAGAGAAUAUCCAAUUGGAAGUGGAAAGGCGUUACAGUUUAUCUAUAGCAGCAAGCAGUUUAAAACAAGUGGGGGACUUCCAGCUGGAACUGCUACAACAAAUGUUUAUCGUAGUUCACAAUACAAGAAAACCAUGAAGGCAAUGCAGACACCUUGUUGUAGCCCUGAUGAAGUAAUAUUUGGUCCAGACUUUCAUCAAUCUUUGUACUGUCAUCUGCUAUGUGGCCUUAUAUCCUCUGAUGACAUUCAAGUCGUGUCCUCUACAUUUGCCCACAGCCUUGUUCAUGCCUUCAGGACAUUUGAACAAGUCUGGGAAGAACUCUGUAAUGACAUCCGAAACGGAGUCUUGACCAGUCGAAUUACUGUUCCAUCUAUCAGAACAGCUAUGUCAAAACUACUCAAGCCAAAUCCAGAAUUGGCUGAUAUGAUCUAUGAGAAGUGUUCAAGGCUAAGCAACUGGUAUGGACUAAUUCCGGAGCUAUUUCCCAAUGCUAAGUACAUAUAUGGUAUCAUGACUGGAUCAAUGGAGCCUUAUUUGAAUAAGUUGAGGCACUAUGCAGCAGAUCUACCAUUGCUAAGUGCUGAUUAUGGGUCUUCGGAAGGAUGGAUUGGGGCAAAUGUUAACCCAAACUUGCCACCAGAGUUGGCAACUUUCGCUGUGCUUCCAAAUAUUGGAUAUUUCGAAUUUAUACCUCUGAGACAGAAUCUUGAUAAUCUUGCUGUGGAAGGAUCUGAUGCCACCUUCCUCGGGUUAGAGCCCAAGCCGGUGGGCUUGAGUGAAGUCAAAGUUGGCGAAGAAUAUGAGAUCCUUGUUACCAAUUUUGCAGGGUUGUACAGGUAUAGAUUAGGAGAUGUGGUCAAGGUGAUGGGAUUUCACAACUCAACCCCGGAACUCCAGUUUGUUUGCAGGCGUAAUCUUCUGCUCACAAUCAAUAUUGACAAGAACACUGAGCGGGAUUUACAGCUAUCAGUAGAAUCAGCAGCCAAACUUCUGGCUGCAGAAAAACUUGAAGUUGUGGAUUUCUCAAGCCGGGUUGAUUUAUCCACAGACCCUGGCCAUUAUGUCAUUUAUUGGGAAAUAAGUGGCGAAGCCAAUGAUGAGAUCUUGAGGGAGUGCUGCAACUGUUUGGAUAAAUCAUUCGUGGAUGCAGGUUAUAUGAGCUCACGUAAAGUCAAUGCCAUUGGACCACUCGAGCUUCGGGUCUUGAGAAAAGGCACAUUUCAUGAGGUUCUUGAUCAUUUUGUGGGAAUGGGAUGUGCUGUAAGCCAGUUCAAAACUCCCCGGUGCGUUGGUGCGAAUAAUAGCAGGGUGUUACAGAUACUGUCUAACAAUGUUGUCAAGAACUAUUUUAGCACUGCCUAUUGAAUAAAUUUGUAAAAAUGCAGUCAAGGCAUUUUAGAAAUAAACUAGGCAGUACUCAGCCCAGAAAAGAGAGAGGUAGAGAAGUGAAGUCUUUUUGUGUAAUUCUUGUUCUCAUGUUCCAUGUAGUGAGUGUAUAAAGAACUUGCAGAAGUCUAUUGUAAAUACUGAACUGAAGUUGCUGUGUUUAUUGUACACAAAACCUUGAUUCC